CCUCUGCUCUUUAGCUUCACUUCCUGCAGCGUGCACUCCACUGUCUGUGCUGUUGUUAUCAGACGGCAGUGGACAUUAAAAAGUCAUGCCGCUCACUGUGGUGCUGGACGGGCCCGCGCCCUGGGGGUUUCGCCUGACAGGAGGAAAGGACUUCAGCCAGCCCUUGACCAUCUCCAGGAUCACUCCCGGCAGUAAAGCCUCCAUGGCCAACCUGUGCGCCGGUGAUGUCAUCGUGGCCAUCGAGGGAGUCCCUGCUGCCGACAUGCUGCACUGUGAAGCUCAGAACAAGAUCAAGGAGUCCAGCAGUCAGCUGCGUCUCACUGUGGAAAGGAAUGAAUCAAAACUGUGGUCACCCCAUGUCAUGGACGGUCCCAGAGCUCACCCUUAUAAAAUCAACUUGGAGGCAGAACAACAGGAGUGUAAACCUAUCGGUGUGGCUCACAACCGCCGAGCCCAGCCGUUCGUGGCAGCUGCCAACCUUGACGACACGCGUCAGGUGGUCAGUACAGCCUACAACACUCCUAUAGGACUUUACUCCUCGGACAACAUUCAGGACGCCAUGGAAGGUCAGAUCAGAGGCUUUGUCCACCCCAAGCCUGAGAGUCCCAGGACUCUGACCAAAAUCGAGGAAUCUGACGUGUACCGGAUGUUGCAGAAGGACCAGGAGGAGGAGCCAAACCAGCCUCGACAGUCGGGUUCCUUCAAGGCCCUGCAGGAGUUUAUUGACAGUGAUGGGACGCGUCCAAUUGUGACAAGAUCCGUGAAAGCCCCCACCACCAAACAGACCCCACCCACAGGAAACCUGCAGAAGCUGCCCGUCUGUGACAAGUGCGGGAAUGGGAUUGUAGGGACAGUGGUCAAGGCUCGUGACAAAUAUCGUCACCCCGGUUGCUUCGUGUGCUCCGACUGUGACGUCAACCUCAAGCAGAAGGGCUACUUCUUUGUGGAGGGGCAGCUCUACUGUGAGACCCACGCACGCGUCAGGAUGAGACCACCUGAGGGACACGACCUCGUCACAACCUAUCGGGCCGCAUAAAUUCACCUUUGACUCACACGGACACUAGCACUUAGCACAGAGACGCACGUCAGUAACACUUUACCUACAUCUAACAGAUCAGUUGUCUGUGUCGUCCGUCUGUUCAGCGCAGGAAUAUUCCACAGCUGAUAAAUAAACAGUCUGGACAGAAAAUGGAUGACUUUUUUUUUUAUAUAUACAGUCUCCCAGAAUCUGACAUAUUUUCAAUAAAGGUCCUCUGUUGAUUAUAUCAAAUCGAA